AUGGCACCUUACGAAGCUUUGUAUGGCCGGAAGUGUAGAACUCCUUUGACUCUAACAGAGGUGGGUGAUAGACAAGAAAUGGGUGCAACAUUUGUGGAUGAAACUGUUAAAAAGAUCAAUCUGAUUAAAGAAAGAUUGAAAGCUGCACAAGACAGACAACAUAAGUAUUAUAAUCAGAAGCACAUAUUUGUGGAAUUUCAGGUUGGUGACUUUGUGUAUGUCAAAGUCAGUCUGAUGAAAGGUGUGAGCAGAUUUGGAAGAAUGAGCAAACUUAGUCCAAGGUAUGUCAGACCUUUUGAGAUUAUUGAAAGGAUUGGAAAGUCUGCUUAUAGAUUAUUAUUAUCUGAUCAGCUAUCUGAUGUGCAUAAUGUUUUUCACGUAUCCUCAUUGAAAAAGUGGAUGUCUGAUGCUGAUAAGAAGUUGUCUGCUGAUGAGGUUGAGAUUCAGGAGAAUCUUCGGUACAAAGAAGAACCUGAAAAGAUUUUAGCUUAUGAUGUACGAAAACAGAGAAGUAAACAGAUUCCAAUGGUUAAAGUUCAGUGGAAGCACAGAACAGCUCGGGAAGCAACUUGGGAGAAGGAGUCGGACAUGAGACAGCCCUAUCUGUAA